CUCCGGUGGUGGUGGUAGGUCGUCGUCAUGGCCUCUCCGUGGGAUGAGCUGACCCUUGCCUUUGCUCGCACGUCUAUGUUCCCCUUUUUUGACAUCGCCCACUACCUGGUAUCCUUGAUGGCGCUGAAGCGUCAGUCGGAUUGGAACAGGUCACCAUUUCUUGAGUUGUCACCAGAUGCAUAUCAUUAAACCUUGGCAUCACUUCACUUGACAGGAUGUGUACACCACAGAAAAUUCACAUCUGCCAACUCAUGUUCACUCCUGGGCACAUUUUGUUGUGUGGAAUGGAGCGGUGGAGAUGGCAUGGAAGAAUCCUGUUUCAAGUUGGUUUACUGCUAUGCUUCACUGCUUUGGUGGAGGAAUUUUAUCCUGUAUACUGCUUGCGGAGCCUCCAUUGAGGUUUCUUGCAAACAACACUAAUAUCUUACUGGCAUCUUCAAUCUGGUAUAUUAUUUUUUUUUGCCCAUGUGACCUAGUUUCCCGGGGCUAUUCUUUCCUACCUGUUCAACUCUUGGCUGCGGGAAUGAAGGAAGUGACCAGAACUUGGAAAAUAGUAGGUGGAGUCACACAUGCUAAUAGCUAUUACAAAAAUGGCUGGAUAGUCAUGAUAGCUAUUGGAUGGGCCCGAGGUGCAGGUGGUAGCAUUAUCACGAAUUUUGAGCAGUUAGUAAAAGGAGGUUGGAAACCACAAGAUGAUGAAUGGCUGAAGAUGUCCUACCCUGCCAAGGUAACCCUGCUGGGGUCAGUUAUCUUCACAUUCCAGCACACCAAGCAUCUGGCAAUAUCAAAGCAUAAUCUUAUGUUCUGCUAUACCAUAUUUCUCGUGACCACAAAGAUAACCAUGAUGAUUACAGAGACUGCUACUAUGCCUUUUUCUUCUAUUGAGGAUACGCUGAGUCGGAUGCUGUUUGGCUGGCAGCAACAGUUCUCAUCAUGUGAAAAGAAAAAUGAAACAAAAUCAUCUUUCAAUGGUACUGGUUCAUCGACCUCAAAACCUAUAGCUGAUACUUCAGAUAAAGUUAAAAAGAAACAUACUAAGAAGACUGAAUAAAUUUACUUGAUGAGUUUUAGAAGGCAAAAAUUUUUUUUCAUAUCUACCUGUCAGAUUGUGAUAAAUAUUUCUAUGUAAAUGAUGUGAAAUAAAGAUUAUAUAUAAGGAAUGGAGGUGACAAAAAGAAAGAACUUUUUUCUGUUUCAGGGAAACUAUCCCUCUCUGGAUUGUAAUUCUUGAGUGUUAGGAGUGUAUCAUGUGAAAUCGUUUUUCUAAGUUAUAUAGAAAUAUUCUAUUGUGAUUAUUUUAUAGUUUUAUAUUGAUAAAAGCUAGUUUUUUUUAAUGUUAGAAAAAGUAAAUCUAUUAUCAUUGUAAAAUUAUAAAAAGUAAAGCUUUUUUUAAAUUUAGGUGUUUUCAUACAUAGUUUUUAUUAGAAUCUAUUUGAGCUUUAGUUCAGCAAAAUUAAAACUUUUCUUUCACAUUACCAUUAUAAUUUCUAGAUAUGGAAAACAAUUCCUGUUUAAUUUUGAGCACUGGAAACAGUAAACUUUAAAUCACUUUCUAUUAUGAAUGGAAAUAAAUUACUAGUUUAUAUUUCAGAUGUAAACAUGUAUUUUUUGUCUACAUUGAAUGGAAAUAUCUGAAAUUUUGUUAGUUUUUUUCUAGUGGUAUUUUUCAGUGAGAACAGUAUUAGCAUGAGUCUCGAAGUCUGUUUCAUACCCUUGUUUAUACUGUUUUUUUUUCCUCAAAAGAAAAUCAAGGGUGUAAUUUUGAAUAAAUUACUUGUCCCAUGUUUUGCUUUGUAAGUUUCAUUUGAGGAGUUUAUAUUUUUUCUCUCUCCUUAAAACAUUUGUUUUAACUGUAGGAGAAAUUAUUCUUCUCAACAUUUCUCAUACUCUUCUUUCUGAUCUUGGUUUGAAUUCACUGAUGGUAGUAUCAUAUUAAUGGUUCAAGAAAAAGUAUUUCAAUUAAAAAUUUCCCCAUUUAUAUCACUUCUAAUAGGAGCCUUUUAGUUUUCUUGUUGAAAUGUCUUUCUAGUUUGCAUAUGUUUAUUUUAAUACAUAUGUACAUAUAUUAUUAAUUUUAUUUUAAAUUAAAACUAAUUACCCUUAUGUGAAAAUGCUUAGCUCUAAUGAGCAUUGUCCUUGGGCCUUUAGGUAGUAACCAGCUAAGCAAGAAGAAACAAACUGAAAUCUCAUAUGGUAGAAUGACUUUAAGUCUAGUUUCACUUUCUUGCUUUAUUUUGUAAUUUAAAAGUCCAGUUAUAACUUUAAAACUCUAUGACUGACAUGAUUUCUUCUAUCCAAACCAUGAAUCUGCUGCCUGCAAAGAUUUAAUAUUUAUUUGUCAUUUUUGGAUGGCUAAGAAGUACUCACAUCACAUUCAAGUUAGAAGGUUUUUUUUGUUUAUUUUAAAACAUUUUUAACAAAUAGAAAGACCAGCAGGGACUAUACUUUUACUUGUUAAAUUAUUUUUUUGGGAGGGGUGUUAGGACCUUUGAUAGCCUUGGAAUGCUAAGAAGUUUAUUUUUAAUAUCGUGACAGAAGGCAUUAAAUAUUUGAGUUCUUUAUUAUAUUUGAUACUCUUGUAGUUGACUUUUCAAAAUUAACAUGUUACUAAUUGUUGACUUGGUUUUGAAGUUUGGUUUAACUAUAGUUGAAAUUGCAGAAAUCUUGUUUUACACUUGUAUUAAAGACAAAUUUAUUAAACUAAGUUAAUUUAGCACCAA